AUGGAAAGUGCUAGAGUAUAUGGUCUUGAAUUCAAACCAAUAAUUGAAUUUAAUAAUUAUGAAGGAGGUGUAAAGCUAACAAAAAAGCUAAAUAUAAAAAAUACGACUAAAAAUAUAAUAAGGUUUAGAUUUUUAUUUCAAAGUAGCUCUUAUUUUACUUUUCCACUUCAAGAAUUAGAAAAUAUUAGCCCUGGUUUAAACAAAAGUUAUUCUAUAAGUUUUUUAAAUCCGUUAAAUGAUUUUCAGACAAUUUGUGAAGAAUUAAAUAUAGUAAUAGAUGACAGUGAAAAAGAUAAAAUAAUAUCUAUAAAACUGAAAGCUACACCUUUAAAAUGUGAUAUAGUUUUCCCAUCUAUAUUAAACUUUAAAGACAUGGUAAUCAAUCAGAAAAACAAAGAAGAAUUAGUUAUAGCAAAUCAAGGUUCAUUAAAUGCAAUUAUCAAAUUAUCACAUAAAAAUUUAUCAAAGGAAAGAAAGAUAAAAAUUAAGUUAGAUUCAUCUCAAUUUUUUUUGAAAAAAAAAGAAAAAAAAUUAGUUGAAUUAACAAUAUAUUCAGAAAUUCCUCAAAAAUACAAAGAGUUCAUAUCAUGCUCCAUCAUUGAAAUACCUAAGCAUCUGGAAAAAAAAAUUUAUUUUAAGAAAGAUGAUAAAAUGAAUAAAACUAUAAAUCCAUAUGAAAACGAAGAAAAAAGUAUAAAUGAUAUAAUACAAUUAUUAAAUGAAGAAAAUAUUAAAGUACGUUUGAUCAAAAAAAAAAUUGAAAUAAAUUGGAUUUCAGUUUUACCACAUGUUAAUAUUUUAUUGGAAAAAGACAAAGAAAUAUUUGAUAAAAAUAUCAUAAAUUUUGGUCAAAUAACAUUAGGACAAAAACUUACUAAAACUAUAUAUUUGCAAAAUCUAACUAAUGCACCAAUUAAAAUAACAGCUAAAAAAAAAAAAGAAAGUAACGUUUUUACUUUUUUAAAUGAAAAAUUUAUAUUGAAAGAAAAGUCAAAAGAAGAAAUCAUUUUAAGCAUUGAUGGAAACAAUCCUGUUGACAAUUAUACAGAAAUAAUUCAAUUUACAGCAUGUAGUGAUUAUUCCAUUGAAUUAUAUUUAGUAUGUGAAAUUAAAAAUGCAAAAUUAUUCUUCUCAAAGACAAUUUAUAUAUUUGAAAACAUGAAAUUAAAAGAUAACAUUAAUGAAAAAAUAACCAUAAGAAACGACGAAAAUACAGAUCUUGAUGUUGAAGUUAUAAACACUGGAAAUUUUAUAAAUAUAAAAAAUAAAAAAUUUACUAUUAAGAAAAAUAGUUUUUAUUCUUUAAAUUUAAUGUGUGAAUGUAUUUAUCCUAUAAAUGUUUAUAAAAGGCUAUAUUUUUUGAUUCAUUUAAAUAAACAAAUUUAUUAUGUAGAUAUUAUUUGUAACUUCUCUAUAAAUUAUGAAAUGUGCCCUAUUUCUAUGCAUCACAUAUAUAGAUAUAAACAUUUAAUGAACGAUAAACAAGUAUUAUACAACUCCUAUUACGAAAGAAAUAAUUAUAUUGAUAUAUGGGAUUUUCCAGUUGAAUUUAAUUCUUAUAAUGAUACUUCAUGUGAAACACUAGAUGAUAUAAUAGAUAUAAAUGAGAAAGAUGUAUUUAUUGUCCCCAAAGAAUUAGAAGUCUUGGAAUUUGAAGAAAAAUAUUUAAUGAUCAUAAACAAAACAUCAAUAGAAUAUACAUGUGUAUGGUCAAGUAUGUUAGAUAAAAAAAGAAAGGAUUAUAGUAUUUUUGAAGUAACACCUAUAGAAGCACAACUUUUACCUUUCAGCUGUCAAAAAUUUAAAGUUAAAAAUAUAAAAAUGCUUAAGGGAAAAUUUGUUCGAGAAGUUUAUGAAUGUAUUGUAUUCCCUUCUAAUAACAAAGAUUAUAGAAAAUGCAACAGUAGAACAUUAUUACCACCUUUAUUUUUAUAUAUUACUUUUUUUCAAUUUAAGAUAAAAUAUUUAUGUGAACCAGAGAAAAUAAAUAAUAAUUUACUAUUCUUUCCGACAAAAAUUUGCUUUUUAAAUAUGAUUGAAGAAGAAAAGAAUUAUGUUAUUGCUAAGUUUGAAAACAAUACAGACUCUACUCAAAUAAUUGAUUUUACACAAUUUAAAAACGAUAUUGAGGGAAUAAAAAUAUAUCCAUUGAUAGGUUAUGUACCCAAAAAAAGUUUUUUAAAUGUUGUUAUUUUUUAUUUUCCAAAAAAAAAAGAAUUAGCUCUAUCAGAGAAAAAAAUUUAUUAUUUAGUAAAUGGAAUUGAAAAAAAUUAUAUAUCUGUUUUUGUUUCCCAUGAGAUAAAUAAUGUCAUGUUAAACAAAGGAAACUUAAAUAUAAAUUUACCUCAUGUAAGCACUGAGACAAAAAGUAUAAAAAAAGUGCCAAUUGAAAAUUUUACUGAAAGGAAUACCUUAUGUUUGUUGGUUAAGGAAGAUUCAUAUGAAAUUGUAGAUGUUAAUAUAGAAGGAAAGAACAAAUGUAUUGAACAAAAAAAGGUUAAUAAUGAAGAACAAUCAUAUAUGGAUGAAUUUCAUAACGAAGAAACAUGGGAAAAUAAAGAAAUUACAUUACUUAAUGAAGACAAAAAAAAUAAUUUUUAUUAUUUUUCUUUAUUACCUUUCGAAAAAAAAAAUUUAUACUUUUCUGCUUAUUGUAAUUUUAGUUUCAUUGAAUCAAUACCUUUAUUUUUCACUUAUUUUACAUAUAUAAAUGAUACAGAUAUGAAAAAUAAACUUGCGAAUUUUAAAAAUGAUAUAAUAAAUCAUUUCAAAAAUUGUAAAAAAAUUCAUAUUAAAGUUAACAUAGCCAAGUGCUCUUUAAUACUGAAACCCAAUAUAAUUGAAAGUAAACCAAUCAUAUGUGGGCAAAAAUUUAAUACAAAGGUAAGGAUAGACAAUGAGCAUCCGGUUAAAAUAAAUUUCAAGAUUAAGACGAACAUUUUUCAAAUUGACAACAAAAAUUUUUUGGAUCAAGAAGAAAUUAAAGAAGCGGAAAAAAAUAUAAUAAUUGAGAAAAAUGAAGAUUCAAUAAAUGCAUAUUCCACCAAAUAUUUAUAUGUUAGCUUUGGUUCUAACAAAAAAGGACGCUUUGUUUAUAGAUUUUUUGUCACAGUAGGAGAAAAUAAAAACUACAUUGAUAUAAUACUAAACGUGGUUAUGCCAUAUUUUGAAAUUAUUGAUAUAAAUGAUUUUAAGACUCCCACAUCAAUAUAUUGGAACAUGACUUCUAUUGAUCAAAUCAAUAUGUAUUUAAAAGAAAAUAUAUCAAAAAUAGACAGAAAAUACAGAGAAAGCCAAGGAAUAGAGAAUAUGAAAAAUUUAUUCAGCCAAUUUAAUUAUAUAGAAUUUAAUAUUGGAAAUAAUACAUUAAAUGAAAUAACAACUGUGAAUUUAAUUUUAUACAAUCCACUUGAUAUAUCGCUUGAUGUUCAUAUAAAUACUAUAAAAUCUUAUAUUAUUCCUAUUUUGCCUCCGUAUUCCAAAAAUAAAGAAGAACAAUUAGCUCAUAUUUUAUACGUAGAUAACACUUUUAGUAAUUAUAUGAGAUGCUUAGAUAACUGUGAAAUUAAUCCUAUGAAAUUCAAAAUAAAAGGAAAAAGCACAAAGACCAUAACUAUAGUAUAUAAGCAUAAGUACAUUGGUUUUUAUAACAUGCCAUUAAUUAUUGAUGUGAAAAAUGGAAAAAUAGUUCCUCUCAAUUUAUCUUCUUUUACUUUUCACCCUAAAAUUCCUCCUAUUUAUUUAAUGAAUAUUAAAGAUUUGAAUCAAAAAGUUUUGGGAUUAAAAAAUGAAUGUGUCAUAAAUGUAGACAUGCUAAAUGAUAGUGAAUUAGAUAUAUAUUAUGAUAUAGAUAAAAACAACAAUUUUAUAGUGUUAAAUCCUAGUGGUGUCAUUAAAAAAAGGAAAUAUGUUUCUAUAUUCUUAAUCGUUUCAAAUUUGACUAGAUAUACAAUUAAUGAAACCUUGAUACUGAAUGCACAUUUUAAAUAUUUGCAAAAAAAUAUAGAAUUAAAUAAAAUAAAAAUGGAGCUAAAAUUAAGUAGUAUAUUAAAUGAUGUAUAUCAAGAUGAGCACAAAAAAUUUAAUGUGUUUACUAAUAAAUACAUUUAUAAUAUUCAUGAUCAAUAUAUCAAGACAUUCUGUUCAAAUUUUCUUCCUUCAUAUUCUUAUAUACAUGUUAAAAAUAAAUUAUUUUACAUUUCACCCAGUUCUAUUAGUAUUUUAUAUGCUCCAACAAAUUCUAUAAUUGAAAGAAUUAUUAUUAUUAAAAAUUAUUCAUCUUUAUAUGAUUUAAAAUUCAAAAUUUCUAAUAAAAACACACUACCAGGAAAUAUUUUAAAGAUUUCUCCAAACAAAGGAAUUGUGAAAAUAAAAGAACAACAAAUUUUGAGAUUUACAUUUAUUUUAAAUGAUAUAUUACUAGAUAUAGAAGGAAAUAUUCAAAUAGAAUUAAGAUUUAUAGAUGAGGAUUUUUCAAAAGAUGAAAAUGAAGAAAUGAAUCGUAAAAUUGACAAUUUCGCUGAAACUAAAAUUGAAGAAAUAUAUGAAGACACGAGAGAAGAAAAAAUAGAAAGUUUAGAAAAUAAACUUUUGUUAGUAUCAAAAAUAAAAAGAAAAAAAAUAUUGGAUGAUAUAACUUUUUCAUAUGCCCAAAAAAUAUUUGAUAAUAUUCAAAAGUUCAAAUAUACAUACGAUAAUAUUAAUAGCAACAUGCUUCAAAAAGCAAUAAGACGUUUGUAUGGAGCUAAAAAUGAUGACAUGGAUAAAAAAGAAAAUUUAAAAGAGCCAGAAAAAACGGGAAUUAAAAACCUUUCUAAAUUUUAUUUUUAUAUUUAUGUGAAGUUGUUUACAUGUAAUUUUGAUGAUGUAAAAAUAAAAACGAAAAAUUUUGAGGAUUUGGUUAAAACUAAUAUUUACCCACGUUUUUUGUAUUUUAAUAAAUAUAUUAAAUUACCGAUUCCAUUUGAAGGAAAAUCAAAAAGCUUGUUUAAAAGACAAUAUUUUAAUUUCGAUAAAUUGGAAAAAUUAGAAAUUGAGGAAGAUGGAAUUCAUCACAAACAAAAAAUUAUUUAUGAAAAAAAGGAUAUUUACUGCUCUAUGUUCGCAGAAAUGUUUAAAAGCAUAAUUAAGAAGCACAUAAAAAAAUAUAUUAUAUGUCUUUUUGAGAUAAACGCAUGUUCAAUUCAAACAAUUGAAAGCAUUUUAAACGAAGACUUAAUUGAUAUAAUGACCCGAAAUAAGAGGAUCGAUUCAAAUUUUCAAAUGGAAUAUGACUACACGUUUUUGAAGCCCGCAAUUUUAUCCCAUUUUUUUUCAGAUAUUUUUUCAGACAUUAUUAAUAACCUUAUAAAAAAAAAGAUUAUAUUUGCAAAAAAAGUUUAA